UGGGAGAUUAUCAAUACCUUUAUUUUGAAUUCCCCUUUCGUCCUAUUCAUUCAUCAAAUCAACGAAGUAUUUAGAUGCCUAUUCAUUCAUCAAAUCAACGAAGUAUUUAGAUGCUUAUCGGUUUGCUUUUCAAAAAUAUAUUUUUAAAUAGCUCUUGAAACAAUCUUUUUCUAUUAAAUUUGUAAAAAGUAUUUUUUAUAGAUAAUAUUGAAUAAUUUAUAUUUGAAAGAGUUGGAAUGAUAUAGACUAGUUGGAAUGAUCUAGACUAUGUGGUCAGAAAGUCCUGACUGGGGGACCUUAAGAACUUUUACAUGGCUUAUACCCGCCAACUGCUUAAACACACAACUCAACAGAUUUCCACAAAAGAACCAAAAUGGAGCUGUGUUGCCUGCAGUCAUUCAAUAUACCUCGAAGUGUCUUAGCAGAGAAGCCAUUUUUGUGUGGACAGCCUAUUACAUUGAUUCAGAGUACUAGUACUAAGAGCUGCAGCCCAAAGUUCAACAACCUCAAGUCCCUUCGUUCCAGACCUCGAACUUCAGCAAAAAUCAGCUCAUUGAAACCACAAGGAACUACAAAAGACGUCAAAUCAAAAGAUGGAAAUUUUGUUUUUGUUGCCGGUGCAACCGGUAGGGUUGGUUCUCGGACUGUAAGGGAGCUUUUGAAAUUAGGCUUUAAUGUUCGAGCGGGAGUUCGGAGUGCUCAAAGAGCUCAACCUCUUGUCAAAAGUGUUGAGCAGAUAAAAUUUGAGAAUGCUGCAGAUGGAGGAGCAAAAGCUAUAGAGAAGCUUGAAAUUGUGGAAUGCGAUUUGGAGAAAACUGACCAGAUUAGGCCUGCACUGGGCGAUGCAUCAAUUGUUAUAUGUUGCAUUGGUGCCAGUGAAAAGGACAUCUUUGAUGCUCUUGGACCAUAUCGAAUUGAUUACCAGGCCACUAAGAACCUUAUAGAUGCAGCAACUGUCGCAGAAGUUGACCACUUUAUCUUGCUCACGUCUUUGGGAACAAACAAGGUCGGUUUUCCUGCAGCCAUUCUCAAUUUAUUUUGGGGAGUCCUCAUUUGGAAAAGGAAAGCAGAAGAGGCACUGCUAGCCAGUGGGCUUCCUUAUACUAUUGUGAGACCUGGAGGAAUGGAACGUCCCACUGACUCUUUCAAAGAAACUAACAAUAUUACUCUUUCGGAGGAAGAUACUUUAUUUGGUGGUCUCGUGUCAAACCUUCAGGUAGCAGAAUUAAUGGCAGUUAUGGCAAAGAACCGUAGCCUUUCGUACUGUAAAGUGGUUGAAGUAAUUGCAGAAACAACAGCACCGUUGACCCCCAUGGAGGACCUUCUUGCAAAAAUUCCUCCCCAGCGUGUUCAGGUUUCCCCAACCAAGGAAACUGGUGAUUUACAAAAGCCUGCAACUUCAAGCAGUAUUACAUCUGAGAUCCCUGAUGCGUCGCUCGAGAAAAAAUCUGCUGAAACAAAGUUGAAAGCAGCAACAUCACUCUCACCAUAUAUUGCUUAUGCAGAUCUUAAACCGCCUACAUCUCCUAGUCCAAAUCCUCCCGAUGGUCGCCAAGAAGGUGCAAAUGGAGCAGAAGAUUGCAAACCCACUGAGGCAGCCUCUUCUGUUGUCGAUCAUACUUUUGACAAAGCAGAAUUGCUGAAUACAAGGCCUUUGUCUCCAUACACUGCUUAUGAAGAUUUAAAGCCACCUACGUCUCCAAGUCCAACAGCGAGUGGUCCGAAAACCUCAAUAUCAGCAGAAACCGCACCACAACUUGCUGGAGGAAAUGACAUCUCAGCUAGCAUCACUACCAUUUCCACUGAGAAGGAUCCUUCCCAUACUGUAGCUUAUUUUCUUUCUCCAUAUGCUGUUUAUGAAGAUUUAAAGCCACCAACAUCCCCAACUCCAUCACCAAGUGGUCCGAAAGCCUCAACAACAGUGGAAGUAACAUCACCAGUUAAUGGAGACAACGAUGUGGCAAUUGAUAGUGUUACCAAUUCUGCCAAGGAGGAUUCAUCAAAAAAAUUAGCUUUCUGUCAUUCUCCGUACCCUGCGUAUGAGGACUUCAAGCCUCCAAGUUCGCCAACACCAUCUUUUAAGAAACUGUGAUAGGUUGGAAUCUAGUUCUGUUUUGCUUCCAGUAAUAAUUAACUAGUUGCAUCUCCGGAAGCCUCUGGCGUAAUGCAUCAUCUCAAUCAUUACAGCUGGAGCAAUUUUUGAUGUCUUUAUUUCAUUCUUUCACUUGUAUUUGACUUGUUGGUGCCAACUUGCAUACUGUCAACUGUUACUCUAUUAGCAUUCAGAUGUUAUUGUAUAAAAUGAGACCACAUUUUCCUG